AUGCAGCCGACUGGUGGACGUCCGGCUCGAAACCCAGAACUGCCAGAUGAUCUGGCGAACAUCCAGCUCCAGCCUUUGAACCCAGCUGCUCGCCCGGGCCCUUCCGGCAUCCAACAGCAGCCGCCAGGAUAUCAGCCACCAUAUAAUCCACCUCUCCAAAACCCGCCAAAUCUUCCCUAUCCAGCCCCAAAUCAACUGCAGCCAAUCAACCCAAAUGUUGGACAGCAUUAUCCAGCACCCCCUCAAAACGUACUGCCUGAUCCGGGCUUCGCCGGACUGCAAUACUACGUCCCGCCGGCCAAUCAACCAGUAUACCAGCCUUAUCCUUACCCGGCGCCGGCAGCCAAUCAGCCGCAGUACCCGUUGUAUCCACCACCUGGCCACUUUGAUCCGAAUACUGGCAUGUACCACCCGGCGCCCCCACAGCACUACCCCAACUACCCGGUCUAUCCGGGAGUGCCACAGGGAUAUCCACAGCCGCAAAUCUUUUACCCUCCACCAUAUCAGUAUGCCACUCAGCCACCUCGGCCUGCGGGACCAGCGGGGGUCGGGACGGAUCCCGAAAAGAAUGACAAGAUACUACGCGAGAAUCUGCGGCGAGUCGACGCUGUCAAUAAACUGCCUGUGGAACUGCAGUUUGAGAUGCUACAGGAGCGGAUGAUUUCUGACAGGCUGGGCAUCCCGCUAGAUUAUUCGGCGUUCAGCAUUAAAAUGACGCCGGAUGAAAUUGAGUCCUAUAAACGUCUUCACGUAGCGGACGCACAUAGAAGGAGGCAAGCGGUUGGCUACUCGAGAAAAGGUUCGUUUUCACGGGGC